GUAGGAGAAGAAAUGGCGUCACUCACAAAAAUAGCAUGCCCGAUCGUGAUGACAUCACUCCUCAUUUUCUCCAGAUCAUUAAUCUCAAUGUGGUUUCUAAGUCACCUCGGAAAAGUAGAACUCGCUGGCGGUGCACUCGCCAUGGGCUUUGGAAACAUCACUGGAGUCUCAGUACUCAAAGGUCUUUCCGUUGGUAUGGACCCAAUCUGUGGCCAAGCCUUCGGAGCCAAACGUUGGACCGUACUUAGCCACACGUUUCAGAAAAUGUUUUGUCUCUUAACAGCCGUUUCUAUACCAAUCGCCGUUACGUGGCUCAACAUCGAACCCAUAUUCCUCAGGUUGGGUCAGGACCCCGACAUAACCCGUGUCGCCAAAACUUACAUGGUCUUCUUCGUCCCUGAGUUACUAGCUCAAGCCAUGCUACACCCGCUCCGAACGUUCCUAAGAACGCAAGGCUUAACGUCACCUUUGACGAUAUCCGCAAUCGUAUCCAUUCUUCUACAUCCUCUAUUUAACUACGUCUUCGUCGUGCGUAUGCGUUUAGGUGUUGAAGGCGUCGCCGUGGCGAUGGCUUUCAACACUAUGAACAUCAACGUGGGACUGCUUGUUUACACUUGUUUUUCGGAUUCACUAAUAAAACCGUGGGAAGGACUUGCUUUGCGGUCGCUUUUCCGCGGCUGGUGGCCGCUGCUUUCUCUAGCCGCACCAAGCGCUAUUUCAGUCUGUUUGGAGUAUUGGUGGUAUGAGAUAAUGCUUUUUCUAUGUGGGCUUCUCGGGAACCCUAAAGCGAGUGUAUCAGCCAUGGGGAUAAUGAUUCAGACAACAGGGCUACUCUACGUAGUCCCAUUCGCUAUAAGCACGGCCAUCGCGACCCGUGUAGGCCACGCGCUAGGUGGCGGGCAGCCUACACGGGCGCAAUGUACAACAGUAAUCGGUCUGAUACUCGCAGUAGCCUACGGGCUAUCAGCUGCGGUCUUUGUGACCGCGCUUAGGUCCGUUUGGGGAAAGAUGUUCACGGACGAACCAGAGAUUCUUGGGUUGAUUUCGUCGGCGCUUCCGAUCUUAGGGCUUUGCGAGAUAGGAAACUCGCCGCAGACAGCAGCUUGCGGAGUUUUGACGGGCACUGCGAGGCCUAAAGAUGGAGCACGAGUUAACCUAUGUGCGUUUUAUAUCGUGGGCUUACCUGUGGCAGUAACGUCCACGUUUGGGUUUAAAGUUGGGUUUUGUGGGCUAUGGUACGGAAUGCUAGCUGCGCAGAUUACAUGUUUGGUUAUGAUGCUUUGUACGUUGAUUCGUACGGACUGGGAACAUCAGGUGAAACGAGCGGAGGCACUUACCGCCGCUGCAGCUGAUAGAAGUCGUUCGGAAGAAGAAACCAUCAUUACAGAAGUCGAAAAUGAUGAUGAUUUAGAGAUUGGUUUAUUACAAAACACAAAUGACUAAGUUAGAGUUGUUUAAAAUUUUCAGUCGGAAAUUUU